AUCAUUUUAUCUUAAAUUUAUUGGCUACUGUUGCGUAAUAAUCACAGAAAAAUAUUAAUCACACAUUUAUAUACUUUUGCUAUAUAAAUAUAUGAUUAAUCUUCUUAAAAAUGGCUUCAACAUCUACAGACACUAAAGUGGUUAUAGAAGAUUCUAUUUCAGAUAUUAGGAAAAAUGUUGUGAAAUCUGUUUGUGCAGCCAAGCAGAACAUAGAGGGAGAAAAUACACUUUUGGAAGUGAUCAACAGCCAGAAGAUUUUAUCUAGGAAUAACGAAGAAGCUGGUCCAUUCUCAAGAACUGAGGCAUCAUCUUCGAGCAACGCAGAUAAUAUCGAAGGUGAACCGUCACUGAAUAAUAACAAUUCUCUAAACUCUUCAGAUGUUACAAAUAAUAAAAUUCAGGACGUAAAUUCAAUUUAUGAUAUCUUAGGCCAAAUGGUGAAAGGAGGUUUCGGUAUAGGGAUUUUAGGAAUGCCGUACACGUUUGAUCAUAGGGGCCUCGUGGCCGGCUCUGCAGCUACAAUAAUCUUAUUUGUGUUUUGCGUCCACUUUUUGAUUUUAUUCAUCCAGUCGCAGUACAAAAAGUGUCAAAAGUUAAAAAUUAAUGUAUUAAGCUAUCCAAAGAGCACGAAGCACGCUCUCAAGCAAGGUCCUGCAUGGUUGCAACGGUUUAUCAAAUAUGUCCCGUACUUCAUAGACAUCUUGAUGAUAAUAUAUCAAUUAGGAAUUUGCAGCAUUUAUAUUGUAUUUAUAGCAUCAUUUAUAAAACAGAUAACAGAUAAGUACUGGAUACCUUUGUCGACUGAGAUUCAUACGUAUCUUUUAUUUCUUCCGCUGGCAUUGCUCAACAUUCAAAAUCACAUGUUACUGGAGCCGUUUACCAUUCUAGGGGAUUGUUUCACAAUCGGCAGUCUCAGUCUGCUUUUAUCGAUCAUGUUUUACGAUAUAUCAUCGAUCACCAAAAUGGACAUGUUUGGGUCAUUCAGAAAUUUUGCUGUCUAUUUUGGAAUGACGUUAUUUGCAUUAGAAGCUAUCAGUAUGAUUAUAGCUCUGAAAAAGGAUAUGAAGCCGACGUUGAAAUACAAGUUUCUAAAUAUAGGGAUGAGUUUGAUUAUUAUUUUAUACAUAAUUGUCGGAUUUUAUGGCUAUUAUAGAUACUUAUUUAAAGUUACGGAAAAGGACACUCCUAGUACACCAAGGCUUAAUCUGUCAGAUAAUAUUAAAAUUAUCUUUAUGAUUUCCAUGAUUAUCACGUACACUUUACAAACUUUCGUGCCCUUUGACAUUCUAUGCAACAUCUGUUUGGUUCAUUUUGUCGAAAAGACUCGCGUAGAGACUCGCGUAGGAGACUCGCGUGGGAGACUCGUGGAAACUGACGUAGAAUGUAAGAAAAAAAAGAAGCUAAUAAAGCGAAUAUGCGUGUACGCUUGUCGGGCCGUUGUUAUCGUGGUGCCAUUCGUCUUGAGAUUUUUUCCGAAGUUAAGCCACUUCAUCUCUCUUUUCGGCGCACUCUGCGUAUCCGCUCUUAGCGUUGCAGUUCCGGCCCUUAUCGAGAUAUGCAUACUGUGGCCGGAGAAGAAUUUCGACCCUUUCAAAAUUAAGCUAAUCAAGAACAUGUUCUUGAUCGUAUUCGGAUUGGUGGGUUUCUGUUCCGGGAUUUACGACAGUAUAAAGUACAUAGUACAUAAGACGUAAUCCAUAAGAUCUCUCAUUGAUAAAUAAUAAGAUCCUGCCAAACUCACUGAAAUGAUAUCAAAGUACACCCGCGAGAUCCAACAUAUCGCAUAAGCAAGCAGUUGAGAAAUGCUUUCAUAAGUCCCCUCAUCGCAUAAAUAUUUAUGUGCGGUCUACAAUAGAGUCGCAAAUUCGUAAGUUUUAAGAAAUUAAUUGCAGUCGAUUAUUCUCUUCACAUUCAACUGCAAUUGAUCAAUUUUUUUACAAUUUACGAGUUCACGACUCUAUUGUAGAUCCCGCAUUAGACUUUAUACAUUAAAUCAAAGAAGGGCAGAGACGCGCGCUAUAAAUGAUAGCGAUGAACAAAAUCGCUAGCAAACGCAAAAAUUAUGAAAUAGCAUUAAUCAUUGAUAUUUCAUAAGAAGAAUAGAACAAAGAUUGAAACAAUUUAAUUGGGGCUGCUUUAUUUUUCUAAAAAUAGUUAU